ACUUACUAACCUGCUAAAAUCUAUCUCAAUCCCAUCCCACAUUUUAAAAAAUUUUGAAUUGCAGUACAAUUUAGAAAGAGCUACCACUUAAUUAAUCCAUUUAUGGACAGUUCCUUUUCUGACGUGGGACAAUUGUAUUUGAUCCACCAUUCCUAACAGUGAGCACAAACCUUCACAAUCUUCCAAAUCAAAACCUUGAAGCACCUGCUAUUCUCAAACUACUAAUUGACAAGAACCCAUCCAGAUUCAAGAUAAAACUUCAACCACUCAUAUACCAUUCUUCUAUUAGCCUUCUUGCAAAAACAAAAAACAAAAAACAAAAUACCAUUGAGCAGCUUAGCUUCCAAAUCAAAUUCACCAUCCAUGGGAGAGGUUGAUCCAACUUUCAUCCAAGACCCUGAGCACAGGCCCAAACUCUCCGUCACCGAAGCUGAAGGCAUACCAUUGAUUGACCUGUCUCCCCUAAACUCCUCAGACAACAUUUCUGACCCUAAAGCCAUUGAAGGGGUUGUCAGAGAAAUAGGCAAUGCAUGCAAAGAGUGGGGGUUCUUCCAAGUGAUCAACCAUGGGGUGCUAUUGGAUAAGCACAAAAAGAUCGAGGAUGCUGCUAGGAAAUUUUUUGCUCAGCCUUUGGAGGAGAAGAGGAAGAUCACGAGGGAUGAAAAUAGUUUGUUUGGUUACUAUGACACUGAGCACACCAAGAAUGUAAGAGACUGGAAGGAGGUGUUUGAUUUCGCAGUGGAGGAGCCAAUGUUAAUGCCAGCUUCCCUUGAUCCUGAGGACAAGGAAGAGACAACGUGGACUAACCGGUGGCCUGAAUAUCCUCCAGAACUAAGGGUGGCGUGUGAAGAGUAUAUUGAAGAAGUAGAAAAGCUAGCUCUAAAGUUGAUGGGACUUAUAGCCUUGAGCCUAGGCUUGACAGCAGACAGAUUCAACAGCUACUUCAAAGAUCAAACAAGUUUUAUCAGACUCAACUACUAUCCACCUUGCCCUUCCCCUCAGUUAGCUCUCGGCAUUGGGCGCCACAAGGAUAGCGGUGCUUUAACUGUGCUUGCUCAGGAUGAGGUCGGAGGAUUGGAAGUGAAGAGGAAGAGAGAUGGAGAGUGGAUUCAGGUUAAACCUACCCCAAAUGCCUAUAUCAUCAAUGUUGGUGACAUUAUUCAGGUUUGGAGCAAUGACAGAUAUGAGAGUGUGGAACACAGGGUGUUGUUGAAUUCAGAGAAGGGAAGGUUUUCCAUUCCCUACUUUGUCAACCCAGCACACUAUACCCUAGUCAAGCCCUUGGAGGAGCUGACCCAUGAACAAGAAGACCCUGCAAAAUAUAAGCCUUACAGCUGGGGCAAGUUUUUGAAUCACAGAAAGCUCAGUAAUUUCAAGAAACACAAUGCUGAAAACAUCCAGCUUUAUCAUUUCAGGGUUUCGGAAUAAGUUAUGACCCCUCAAAAGAAAGACGUGUGCUAUCCUUUACAAUAAUUAGUCUAUGUACACAAAAAUAAUUGUGCGCUAACGUGUAUUUCUUACAGAUUUCUAAUAAAGUGUGGAUCCACUCACAAACUCUAUUAAAUAUGUGGCUUACAAGUUACAACAUAGUACUGGACAAACUUUGCAGGUGAUAUUGGUAACAUCACAAAGAUUCCAGAUGUUGGGAAACAUACAAAAGGCUUUGUACAUAUGGUCACACUGGUUGCCUGGUGAUGACUCGGACCCAGCAUUUAUAUAUGUAGUGACCCUCCCACCAAGCCAAAAGCAUCAACAAAAGCCAAAACCAAAAAGCUACUUUCUUGGCUUUGAGAUUUUUUCUGUUACAGGACAAAAGGUUGAAGCUUUUACAAGUGCUCUCUACCUUGGCUUUUGAGAUCGCCAUAUCUGAGAGUUUUUUUUACUUGGGGUGUUUACUCACCAAUCUCAAUUGAGUGCUGGUUUAGUUCUAAAUAAGCUUAUUUUCAUCCAAUCAAAGAAUAUCAAGUACAA